UAAUCAAUUUCUCAUCACAUUCUCACAAAACAUAUACACACAUGGCCAUGAACACAUCAAACAUUUUCUUUACCUUGCUAAUGUUUAUAACUAUAGCCACCAUUCUAUCAGCACCAACAACAACCGAUGAUGAUAACUUAGCCAUCGGCGAAUCAAAUAUAUUCAGACACAGCCGCUUCCUAGCCUAUAAUCCCCGGCCAGCCGCCAUGACAUGCAACAAGUACCCGACGGUCUGUCGUGCUAAGGGAAGCGCCGGACCCCAUUGUUGCAAGAAACAAUGUGUGAAUGUAUUAAGUGAUGAAUUAAACUGCGGGAGAUGUGGGAACAAGUGCAAAUAUUCACAAAUUUGCUGUCGAGGGAAGUGCGUGAACCCAUCAAACGACAAGUACAACUGUGGUAAGUGUAAUAAUUCGUGCGCCAAGGGAAGCUCUUGUGUUUAUGGCUUGUGCAGUUAUGCUUAAUUUGGAUCCAAGUAGUCGUCAAAUGAUAUACAAUAAGAAGAUUAUUCAUAUAAUUGGAUUUUAUGUCAUCGUUAUGUAUUAAAUUAAUUUAAGUUAUUCAAAUUCAUGCUUUUGGGAGGAUUUGUUCCCUUAUAGAUAUUUUAUACGUUGAUAUUGCUUAGGUUUCAGCUUAAAAAAUAAAUCAUUAUGUAAUCAUCAUAUUCAUAUCUAAUAAACUAAUAUUUUAUUUUAUGAUUA